CCAUCUCCUACAAGGGUUGUGCUGCACAGCUCUUUUUCUUUUUCCUCUUCAUCUUAGCUGAGUAUUAUCUCCUCACCACCAUGUGCUACGACCGCUACGUUGCCAUCUGCAAACCCCUGCACUACGGGACCCUCCUGGGCAGCAGAACUUGUGCCCACAUGGCAGCAGCUGCCUGGGCCACUGGGUUUCUCAUUGCUCUGCUGCACACAGCCAAUACAUUUUCCCUGCCCCUGUGCCAGGGCAAUGCCCUGGGCCAGUUCUUCUGUGAAAUCCCACACAUCCUCAAGCUCUCCUGCUCACACUCAGGCUACCUCAGGGAAAUUGGGCUCACUGUGGUUAUUGCCUGUUUAAUGUUUGGUUGUUUUGUUUUCAUUGUUUUCUCCUAUGUGCAGAUCUUCAAGGCUGUGCUGAGGAUCCCCUCUCAGCAGGGACGGCAAAAAGCCUUUUCCACGUGUCUCCCUCACCUGGCUGUGGUCUCUCUGUUUGUCAGCACCUCAUUCUUUGCCUACCUGAAGCCCCCUUCCAUCUCCUCCCCAUCCUUUGAUCUGGUGGUGGCAGUUCUGUACUCAGUGGUGCCUCCAGCACUGAACCCCCUCAUUUAC